AUGAAAGAGAAUGAAGCAUACAUUACACCCACGAUCGAAAUCAUUGACGAAAUUGAGCCCCUUACCAAAAAACCAGUUCACAUCGUCGAUUUACCAGGUCACGAGAAGUUACGAUUCAAAUUUACAGAAUUUGCGCCAAUUGUUCGUGGAAUAAUAUUCCUGAUUGAUAGUGCGACUUGUUCAAAGAAUUAUCGGCAGAUCUCAGAGUAUCUAUAUGAUAUUUUCUCGAAUAAAGAUAUCGCCAAGAAAAAAGUGUCGGUUCUGAUUGCAUGCAACAAGAAUGAUUUGUUGACUGCGUUACCGCCCGAAAAAAUUCAAGCAUCAUUGCAGAACGAAAUAAACCGAUUACGUGCAACACGCACUGCCGCGCUAGAGCAUCAAGAUUCGUUGUCCGAGGAUGCGGAAUACUUGGGCUACGAGAAUGAAGAUUUCAAAUUUGAGCAUUUGGAGAAUCGUGUAGAGUUCGUUUCUUGUUCAGUGGAGAAUGAUAAAGUCAAGCAUUUGAAAGAGUGGAUUGCAGAUGUGUAUUCUGGUUAUUAG